CACCACGCUAUUUAGCAUACACAAUAUAUCUCGCGAGUCAAGAUGGGCUCGCUAUUUAUUUAAUGUUUGACAAUUUAAUAGGAAAGUAUUUACAUUUCGUUCAACCAUCCAGUAAGAGGAAAGAAGUGUCUCUCCAGUUACAUUUUCUUACAGGCUGCUCGUGCUCAACAACUACCCGGUUCUUGCUGCACGGGGAAUUGGAACCAGUCAGAUCCAAAAUUGAGCCCUGAAGCACGUAACACAACCAGUUACUGGAAAUCCAGACAAAGUCUGUCACGUGGAUGUGACAGCUAAUAAGCAAUCCAAAGUCCAUGUCAUAGCUUUGCGCAAGUCUUCAAGGCAACGUGUUAUUUUUUUUUAAUGUCUUUUAAACAAACUCUUGGACAGGACAGGACUCUUUUUGGACGAGGCCGAAUCAUGCAGAUCAGCGUUUGGAGUAUCCUCAUUGUUUACUCGCUUGCUCUUCUUGGCUAUUACAGCUGUUUCUUCAACAAAUCCCGUCCAAGUAUACCAAAGAUUGCCAAAUACUUUGGCACAAAAGGACGCUAUGAGGAAGUGAACCCCUAUCUUUUGGACGAUAUCCUGGCUGUCAACACAUCCAUCCUGCAGCCUCCCUUUCCAAAAUGCCGUCCCGUUCAUCUGACCGCUAUUAUAAGACACGGCACGAGAAACCCGACAAGCCCGAUCUUCAAGGAAAUGCAAAAGCUUUACAAGGCGGUCAAAAGUGCCACGCCCGACAAAGAGAGCUGGGUGUGUGAUAUCCAGACUCGAUGGAAGAUGUGGUAUCCCGAGGACACGGACGGUCGGUUGACCCAGAAAGGCGUGGAUGAUCACAAACAUCUGGCAGUCAGGCUGUCCAAGCUGUUCCCCACAGUGCUCUCGGAGGAGAACCUUCGCGGGGGAUUUGUGAAGUUUAUAAGCAGUUCUAAGCACAGGUGCAUCAACAGCACUUUGGCCUUCAUGGCCGGACUGACAGAGCUGUGGGAUAUUCCAGAUCAGACGUUUGACUACGAGGUGAACGACGCACUCAUGAAGUACUUCAAUCUCUGCCCCAAGUUUCUGAAGGAGGUUGUCAACAACCCUUUAGCCCUAUCGGAGGUGGACGAGUUCAAAAAGGGGCCGGAGAUGAGGAGGGUCCGGGAGAAGAUAGCGAACCAACUCAGAGUCCCCGCCAAGAACAUCACAGCCGACAUGGCCGACGCCGCAAUGAACCUUUGUGCUUAUGAGUUGGCCAUCAAGAGCAUCAACUCUCCCUGGUGUCAGAGCUUGGAUGAGGAUGACGCAAUGAUUGUGGAGUAUGCGAAUGACUUGAGGCAAUUCUGGAAGAGAGGCUACGGUCAUGAAAUUAACAGAAAGUCCAGCUGUAUUCUUUUCCAUGAUGUCGUCAGUCGCCUGGACAAAGCAGUCAGCGAAAUGAAGUCCGGCCAGCAGGUGACCGAAGUCGUGACCAUCCAAAUAGGCCACGGGGAGACACUUCUUCCACUGUACACCCUCCUGGGCUUUUUCAAGAACGACGAACCCCUGCUGGCGUCAAACUACGACUCACAGCGCCAACGCUCUUUCCGGACUAGCCUCGUGCUACCGUACGCGGCUAACCUGGUGCUAGCGCUGUACGACUGCGGAGGAGGAGACUUUAGAUUGCAGCCGCUAAUCAAUGAGCAACCGGCGAGGUUCCCUGGUUUGACUGAGAAUCAGCAGGCGUCCAUGCCGCUCUAUAAAGACGUCAAAGAACACUACAAGGAACUGAUCCAAGGCUGCGACUUUGAGACGGAGUGUGAACUUUUUGGUAGACCUAAUCGAUAUUUAAUUAAGGAGGGCUUGUAGUUGCUACAAACGCCUAAAAAAUACAAGCUUGCAACACGUGUAAAAUAAAUCAAUAUAUAGACCAAAAAUGUUCAAUUUUAAUGUAUAAAGUGUCAACUUUUUUUUUUACUUAGUGUAGUUACAAAAGGAUCAAAUAAACGAAUAGGGAUGAACGGUAAUAAGAAUCACAUACGUCAACCAAUACAACUGUGCCUUGAGAUUAAUUUAAUUUGUUACAUAAAAAAUAUUCUG